AUGAGGGGCCGCCCUCCGGCCGCCCUGGCCCUGGGGCUCCUACGCCUCUGCCUGGUCCAAGCCAACUUCGCCCCGCAUUUUUUCGACAACGGGGUGGGCAGCACCAAUGGAAACAUGGCCCUGUUCAGCCUCCCAGAAGACACACCUGUAGGCUCUCAUGUAUACACCUUGAAUGGGACAGACCCCGAAGGAGACCCUGUCUCUUACCACAUCAGCUUUGACCCCAACACUAGAAAUUUCUUUUCUGUUGACCCCAAUAUUGGAAACAUCACCCUGAUUGAAGAGCUGGACAGAGAGAGGGAGGAUGAGAUUGAAGCUAUCAUCAGCAUUUCUGAUGGCGUGAAUCUGGUGGCAGAAAAGGUUGUGAUCCUGGUGACUGAUGCCAAUGAUGAGGCGCCCAGGUUCGUCCAGGAGCCCUACAGUGUCCAGGUUCCAGAGGACACACCUGCUGGGAGCAGUAUCUUUAAAGUCCAAGCAGUGGACAAGGACACAGGUUCUGGAGGGAGUGUCACCUACUUCCUGCAGAACCCGCACUCCACCAAAUUUGCCAUGGACCGCCACAGUGGUGUGCUGCGCCUCCGAGCUGGGACCACCCUGGACUACGAGAAGGCCCGGGCCCAUUUCAUCACAGUGGUUGCCAAGGAUGGUGGAGGGAAGCUGCGAGGGGCUGAUGUGGUGUUCUCAGCCAUCACCACAGUCACAGUCAACGUGGAAGACAUGCAGGACAUGGCUCCUGUCUUCGUGGGCACACCUUACUAUGGCUAUGUAUAUGAGGACAGCCUUCCGGACUCAGAGGUACUGACUGUGGUCGCCGUGGAUGGAGAUCGGGGCAAACCCAACCAUGUUCUCUACAGCCUCGUAAACGGGAGCGAUGGAGUCUUUGAAAUUAAUGAAACAUCUGGAGCCAUCUCCCUCAUGCAGAGCCCAGCCCAGCUCCGGAGAGAGGUAUAUCAGCUCUUUGUACAGGUGACUGAGGUCAGCUCUGCAGGGAGUCCAGCUGCCCAAGCCAUGGUCCCCGUCACCAUCAGGAUCGUGGACCUCAAUAACCAUCCACCUACAUUUUAUGGAGAGAGUGGACCCCAGAACCGAUUUGAGUUGUCCAUGUAUGAGCACCCGCCCCAAGAGAUCCUACGGGGCCUCAAGAUCACUGUCAACGACUCAGACCAGGGAGCCAAUGCCAAAUUCAACUUGCGGCUGGUGGGACCUGGGGGCAUCUUCCGAGUGGUCCCGCAGACAGUCCUGAAUGAAGCCCAGGUGACAAUCAUUGUGGAGAACUCAGCUGCCAUCGACUUUGAAAAGUUCAAAGUGUUAACCUUCAAGCUCCUGGCCAUUGAAGUGAACACCCCGGAGAAGUUCAGCUCCACAGCAGAUGUUGUGAUCCAGCUCCUGGACACCAAUGACAAUGUCCCCAAGUUCACCUCCCACUACUACAUUGCCAGGAUCCCUGAGGAUGCCCCAGGGGGCACCAAUGUGGUGGCCGUCACUGCUGUGGAUCCAGACACAGGUCCUUGGGGCGAAGUCAGAUACUCCAUCUACGGGUCAGGGGCAGACCUCUUCCUAAUUCAGCCAUCCACUGGGAUCAUCUACACUCAGCCCUGGGCCAGCCUGGAUGCUGAAGACACAGCCAGGUACAACUUCUACGUGAAGGCGGAGGAUAUGGAGGGCAGGUACAGCCUGGCCGAGGUGUACGUCACUCUGUUGGAUGUCAAUGACCACUACCAGUUUGGCAAGAGCAUCCAGGAGAAGACGAUGGUGCUGGGGACCCCAGUGAAAAUUGAGGCCACAGACCAGGAUGCAGAGGAGCCCAACAACUUGGUGGAUUAUUCCAUCACCCACGCAGAGCCAGCCAACGUGUUUGACAUCGAUGCACACACGGGGGAGAUCCGGCUCAAGAACUCCAUCCGCUCCCUGGAUGCCCUGCACAACAUCACGCCCAGUGGGGGCCACAUGUGGUCCCUGGAGGUGCAGGCCAAGGAUCGCGGCUCUCCAUCCUUCAGCACCACAGCCUUACUCAAGAUUGACAUCAUAGACACAGAGAUGCUGUCCCGAGACCCCAUGGCCGCCUUCCUGAUGCAGACCAAAGACAACCCCAUGAAGGCUGUGGGGGUGCUGGCUGGCAUCAUGACCACCAUCGUGGCCAUCACCGUCCUCAUCUCCACCGCCACCUUCUGGCGCAAUAAGAAGUCAAACAAGGUCCUGCCCAUACGGCGCGUGAUCCGCAAGCGGCCCAGCCCUGCACCUCGAGCCAUCCGCAUUGAGUGGCUCAAGUUCAGAAGGACCAAGGCUGCUGCCAAGUUUGUGCUCAGAGAUGACCCUCCCAAUGAGAACUGUAACAACAACAGCUUGGGAAGCUCACCACCCCCAGCCCCGCCUCUCCCUCCAUCACCCAGAAUGGUACCCAACAUAGGUCCGGCCCACUGGACUGUGCCCACAGUCUCUGGCUCAAUCACCCCUCAGCAAGCCCAGUCAAAACCUGAGGCCUUGGGAAGCCCUGUCCAGUCAGCACUGGUCUUUGAGCUAAGACAAAAGUUUGAGGAGAAGAAGAAUGCAGAAAAUAUGGCUUAUUUCUAGAGUAUGGCCCAUG